UGCGCACUGCUGCCCGCCGGAGCCGGGCUGCCCGGGACCGCGCCGCGGGCAGCUCUGCGAAUCUCCCCCACGCUUCCGCGGCAUGAGGCUGCCGCAGGACACGGUGAGGCGGCGGAACUGACCAGCUUGUUGGAAGAUGACAUCUGUUCUUGCUUGAAGCUGCUGUUCUGAAAACACAGUAGAAUAAUGUGGAAGAAUUCGAGCCUUUGCUGCCUUUUAGCACUAGCUGUUCUGUGUUUAAAAAGCUUAAUAUACAGCCAAGAGAUAGGUCCUCUAGGGCACCCCCAGAAUUUGAAAUGUGUAACGCACAAUUUACAUGACAUGAUCUGUACUUGGGAUGUCUCUUCUAAAAGAAGACAUGGACAAACUGACUUCUGCUACACUACCAAGGACCUACUGACUCCAGUGUGUUUUAAAACUAAGGAGAGAAGAGUCAAAAUUCUAGUCCCAGAGAGCUCCAGCACAGUGACAAUAACUACAAACAGCAUUUCUGGAACUGCUUUGGCUACAAAAAAAAUAGAAAUUCACAAGAAAGACAUCUCGUUUGUUCCUUUCACUCCACACAUUCUUAGUUUAACACCAGACUUUUCAACUUCCACAUUAAAUCUGAAGUGGAAUGAUAACGGAUCUGUCUUCCCAUAUGGAUUAGAAGCCUUUUGGCAUAUUCAGAUACUCCGCAAAGAAACAAUGGAAAAAGUCACACAAGUAACUUACUAUUCAAAACUGAGUCAUGAAGACAUCAUUCUUUCUUGGAACUGGACAUCAGAUAUGCCUUUGGAGUGCACAUCGCACUAUGUGAAGAUUCGCUGUUAUGUUAAUAUAACACAGUUUAUCGGACCCAAGGAAUGGAGUGACUGGAGCCCAGUAGAAGAGGUCCCUGGAAAAGAUACUGAGCCCAGUGGCAUUAGGGUGUUUCCUCAGGACACCGUGGUGGCCGUAGGUUCAGAUGUGACAAUCUGUUGUGUCCAUGAAGAAGGACAGCGGAUAAAAAAGAUGACUUAUGGACCAGAAGUAUACCCAAUGAUACGUCUAAGCAGUCGGAGCAGUGCAAUCAGAGUGCUAAAUGCCAGUGCGUCAAAUACCAGCGGGACAAAUGCAGUGUGCAUGGUGUCCGAAAUCGAGAUGGAAGGAACUGUCCUGUUUGUAGGAUAUCCUCCUGAUAUUCCCCAAAACCUCAGCUGUGAAACGUCCAACUUCCUCGUAAUAAAAUGCACGUGGAAACCAGGCAGGCCCAGUGGACUAUACGGAAAACGAAAAACAAAGUACAGUUUAUUUGAAAGACUGUCUGGUAAAAUUGUUUUGUGUGAAGUCAAUGAAAUGAGCAGAGAGCAUGUCUGUGACUUUCCAGUACUCGCCAAUCAGAACACCUAUGAUUUCACAUUAGGUGCCUUCAAUCCUAUCGGACAAACAGAGUCAUCACUGUUGGUGGAUUUAACUCAAAGAAUUCACCCAAAAACUCCAGAAAAAUUAACUGUUUCUGGGAACAGCUCUACAAGUGUCCAUCUACAUUGGUUUAUAAAUGGCAGCUUUGCUGAGAUCAGGCUUCUCUGUCAAAUUGAAAUUAGCAAUGGCCACUUUGAGCAGAAACUGCACAAUGUCUCCAUGGCUGGUGGGAAAUUCUCAACUUACACAGCUCAGCUGAACAUGUUGCACCCUUAUACCAAAUACCAGUUCAGGGUGCGCUGUUCAGCUGCUGACCACUUCUGGAUGUGGAGUGACUGGAGCAGGAUAGAGGAGCAUACAACACUGGAAGCUCCUCCUGCAAGAGGACCAGAUAUCUGGAGAGAAAGAAGUCCCUCUGGAAAAAGUCUAAAAAUCUUCUGGAAGCCUUUAUCCCUGUCUGAAGCCAAUGGAAAAAUAGUGUCUCACGAAGUGUCCUGUUACCUGCUAGAGACACCGGUGGAGUAUAAAGAAGUCACCGAGCCCUCAAACAGUACUGAGAUAAAACUUGGAAGAAAUGACUGUGUAAUUAGUGUUGUGGCCAAAAACCAUGCAGGCUCAUCUCCUCCAUCAAGGAUAACAAGCAUGGAACUUCCAAGUGACAAUGUCAAAACAGAUCGAGCCGUGGCAAUGGGGAAUGGAAUUUAUAUUUCUUGGAAUUCUUACCCCAACAUGACCUGUGGCUACAUCGUAAAAUGGUGUCAUUCAUCUGGAUCUGAACCCUGUAGUGUGGACUGGCAGAAAUUUCCUUCAAAUACAACAGAUGCAGUGAUAAAGUCUGAUCUGUUCAGACCUGGUGUGAGAUACGACUUUUCACUGUAUGGCUGCAAAUCCACUGGAUAUCAGUUAUUGAAAAACAUAACUGGGUAUAUGAAAGAGCUGCCUCCAAAACGUGCACCAAAUUUUACUGUAGAAGAAACUUCUUCAGAUUCUAUAUUGGUAAAAUGGGAAGACAUUCCUAUUGAAGAUUGUCAGGGGUUUUUAGAGGGAUAUCGGCUUUCCUUUGCAAAAGGUGAAAAAGAUGCUUUAAAGCCUAGACUUUUGGAAUCAGGGAAUCCAGAACUUAAAGUUAAGAAUAUCACUGACUUAACAAAGAAGUCUUUGAAAAUACUUGAUCUUCAAGGCAAAACAAGUUACCAGCUGGACCUCCAAGCCUACACAGCUGGCGGGUUGAGCCCACCAAACAGCCUCUAUGUGGUGACAAAGGAAGACUCUAUAGGACUAAUCAUUGCAAUUCUCGUCCCUGUGGCAGUGGUUGUACUGCUUGGAGUAGUGGGCAGCAUCUUCUGCUACCGAAAGCGGGAAUGGAUUAAAGAAACAUUUUAUCCUGAGAUCCCAAAUCCUGAGAACAGUAAGGCACUACAGUUUCAGAAGAACAUCUGUGAGGGGAGUAAGACACAGAAAACGCUGGAAAUGAACCCAUGCACCCCCAAUAGUGUUGAAGUGGUGGAAACACAAUCUGCAGCUCCCAAGAUUGAAGACACAGAGAUGAUGUCCCCAGCAGCAGACACCCCUGUGCCUGAAGAUGGUUCUGACUCAGAAAUAGAGAACCACGUAGUGGUAUCCUAUUGUCCACCUAUCAUUGAAGAGGAGAUCUCAAAUCCCCCUAUGGAUGAGCCUGGGGUGUCAUCUCAGGUGGUUUAUAUUGACAUCCAGUCGAUGUAUCAGCCUCAAAUUAAACCAAAGGAGGAGCCAGAAAUAGACUUAGUGACUGCAGCAGGGUAUAAGCCGCAAAUGCAGCUGCCUAUCAGUGCCCUGAAAAUGGAGAGUUGCUCAACAGCAGAGGAAGAAUUGGAUACAACUGCAGGUUACAGACCUCAAGCAAACACGAAUGCCUGGAACAUGGACACUCCAGACUCUCCUGGAUCAGCUGAAAGCAACAAUGAAAAUGGAUCGUUUGGGAGCCCAUGCUCAAUUAAUUCACGACAAUUUCUGCUUCCUUCAAAAGAUGAUGAAGACUCUCCCAAACCCAGUAAUAUAGGAUGGUCCUUUACACAUUUUUUUCAGAACAAACCAAAUGAUUAACAGUGAGUCCUUGUUGCACCUGAAUCUGCCUUCUAAAUAAGCUCUUAGUCCUUAUGUUGUAAAGAAAGAAGUGCAAAGGGCAUGGAUUAUUCUUGGAGACAGUCAGCAGAGGUUCUAUUAAGCUGAAUAUUUCUACAUUGAGUUAGCAAGAGUGUUUAUGCUCCAUUUUAAUAGAGGCCAAGAGGUCAAAGUUAUAGCAAUUUAGUUAUUACUCUAGUAAAAUAUAUUGGAUAAUAAGGCAUAUUGAGUUUAGAGCUCCUGAUAAUCAUAGUCAAAGAACUUUUUCUACCUUCACAUAGUGCUCCAAGAUUAGUAUGAUCUCAUGCAACUUAUAAGUUGGAAAGAUUGCUUUGCUUUCUUGUAGAUGUUCUCAACUGUGCAUUUUCAAAUGAUGCAGCCCCAACAUGUUUCCUUACUGAAGGUUUCACCUCAGCCUAACACAAAGAAACCAUACAGCUGGAAACCCUUGAGAUCUUUUACCUAGUUAUAAACUAAGGACAAAUGAGAGUGCUUUUUUUUUCUUCUCCCUUUCAGAAGGGUAUUGUCACUGUUAAACACUUCUGAAGCAAUGGCCAUUCAAAUCUGUUGCUUUUUACCUAGACACUAGUUUCUGUACCUACUGUAAAAUGUUUAUUCAAUGUUUGACUCAGGAGUACAAACUUGGGGAAAAAAAGUGUUAACACUGAUUUAAACUUCAAAAAGAACUGCAUAAAGUUGUUUUGUUUUGUUUUGUUUUUUUUUUAACUUAGAAAGCUCUGUAUUUUUUCUGUCUUCAGUUAAGGAGUUAAUCUUUCCUGAUAUAUUGCACUAAUGCAUUUUGUAUUUCAUAGCUUCAUCUCCAGAUUUCCUGCUUAAAAUUGGUACAGUACUCCAUUAAUCCCCAGCUUUUGGCGGUCUUUGCACUAUACAGUAAUGAUAAGCCAUGGGGAAAUCUCUUAUCUGCUAACAUUAGCUGUCCAAGCAGCGUGGCAUGCAAAAUUAGAGUUAGUAGUACUAGCUUCUUGAGAACAAAUUGCUCUUUCGAUGGUCUUUAUCACAUUAGCUUUGUCACCUGCUGCCUGGCUGUUCUCCAGUAUCUACCCAGCAGGAUCUUCUCUACAAAUCCUACCUGGCAGUACAAGGUGGGAUUUUUCUAGUGGCAGGAAGAAACCCAAGGAGGUUUUAGUGCUGCUAAUUCUACCUCUGCUUUACCAGACAUGUGAUGCAAAGUAGCUUAAACGAUGUACAUUUGUGUGCUUAAAGGAAUAUUCAGAACAAUUAUCUUUGAAAAUGCGUGUUUUCACAGAUGGAUCUCUAGGCAGCUGUAAUUGUAACAUUUCACUGUGUAAACUUCAGACUGCGGCACACAAGAAUUUCACAAUCUUAGAGGAGGAAAUGCUUCCUAACUUACCUGUUUCUUCCUGUAAAACAGUGGUAAGAGGUCAGAUGUUUAAGAGCUUGAUCAGAAAGGGUGUCCAUAAAGUCCUAACCAAAUCUUUUCUUCAGGUUUGAAUUUCCUGAGCCACUUCAUGGUUGUUAGAAUAAAUACAAUGGAGAAUGGUUUUCUAAACAAGAUCCCAAAACAGAUAAGAGGGCUGAAGUGGCUAAGCUACUAGUUGUAAAGGUGCAAGAACAGACCAGGAUGAUGGCUAACCAGGCAGACACUUGGUCUCCAAACCAUGUGAUCUGGCCAUCAAAAUAAAUGCAAUAUUAGGUUAAACCUAAUUUAAUCAACAGAUGGUGCAGUUUCAGAUGUCAUGAUGUCUCUGCCAUGUCCAUAAAACAAAAAUGCAGAGGGAUUUAAAAACUGACAAAAAGGCAAAACACUAAAUAGCAUCCAAGUGAUCAUCAGUAACAACUGGUUGAGUGUGCCUCCUGGAACUGUGAAGACAGUUAAAAUAGUUACGUCUGCAGAACUGACAGAGUGCAAGGUACAUCUGAAAGAACAGGAAGUGCAGACAGUAUUCUGCUUUUGAGGCGGAAUCUUGGAAUUAGCGGAGCUGAGUGAAAAGACAAGCAGGAAGUGCAAAGAGCUGGCGUCCAUCUGUCACCAGACACCACCACAAGAGAAAGCUUCAUGCCUAAUCUGUUACUGCCUAUUAUCAGAACACUAAACUAAUACAUGAAGCAAAGCAGUUCUGACCCUUGUGCUUGAUAGCUGGGAGGUGGCUAUAUCCUAAUAGUAACAACUCUUUCUCACAAUAUCUCUUUUAAAGGGGAUUUAUUUUCAGUAGUGCAGGUUUGGCUUAAUGUAUUUACCUCAUAAGAUGAAUUUAGAUUGUCCUGCCAUAUGCUUUCAAUUGAAAGCAGAAAGUGUCAUGGACACGAGAGUGUAUGGAUAGUGGUUUGGGUUUUUUAUGGAGCAGUUUCUCAAUACAGAGUAGCAAUUCCUACUGUAUGGUGAUGCAAAUAAAAACCCCACUCCUAUAGCAGAACAGUUGACUGUAAAGAAUAACUGUCUUUUUUUAUGGCUGUGUAUUACAAGCAGCAAAACCAAAUUGAAGUCUGAGAGUACUAGCAGCUUUUAAUUUGGCAGACGGGAAGCCAAGGCAGCUGCACUCAACAGAGAACACAAAAGAGUUUGCAAGGAGCAGUCAACCCCCUUAGCAGUGCUCCCACAAUGAAUCCCUUCAACACAAGCAUCCCAUACUCAGGUCAGCCUUUGUGCUGCUUUUCCUAAUCAGUAAAGGCAACAAUUUUAAAUAAUUUCAUUUCUUAGUGCUUAGGUAGAGGAAAGUUCUGCAAACACAGGGUCUGCCUCAAUGUUACCAAAGUCCUGUCAUCUAAUUUUCCAUCACUCUGGGUCUUUUUUUACAGUUUGUCUGUCUGUGUUUUUGAACUGGUGUCCCGACUUCCAGGGUAUAGAGCAGAAGAGGCCUGCUGGUAGCAAUGACUUACUGUACAUAUCAGCUUGUAUCAGUAGCACUACAGUGGCGUGGACAGAGGAGAGAUACAGGCUUGUGCAGUGUAUGUAGCAUCAUUUACUGCUGCUUAAUAGUUAUGAACCAGUAAGUAGUUGUCGUUCAAAGCUCAGCUGCUUCAGCUCUGCGGUGUCUUUUGAGCCUAUUCAGUGCUGCCAGUGAGGACUUCUUUCAAAUGCCUAUUUUAAAUCUUCCUCAGCGAGUCCAACUACUAGAUGGGUAGUGAGAGGUUGUGUGCUAAUUUAGUGACCAUGUGAAGCCACCCCUAGGCACAUGGAGCAGUAAGAAUUACAAGGAGUGUCUGGGAACGGACUUUCUUUCUGAGCCAAAGUGCCAUGUUAAACCAGUGAAGUGUCUUUAGGAAUGUCUUCAUAGCCUCUAAAUGCAUGGAUAACAAUUGUAAGACUAAAACUUGGGUCUUCACAGGGGAUCAGACUCCUUGUAUUAGUGCCUUUGAGCUUCCUGGUGAGCCUCAUAAGUCAAAUUGUUUUUGAAAAAUGUCUGUGGAAACUUCAAGUACUGCAUUUCCUUACCAUCAUUUUCUGAAAGAUCUUAUUCCUUCAUCAAGCAGCUAUUUUGUUUUAGGGUUUUUGGCUUUUGGUUUUUUUCCCUAGAAGACUAGAAAGUUAAUAUUUAAAAAAAAAAAAAAAACAAAACAAAACACAACUUCCAGAAGGAUAUGACCAGGAGUGAUAGUGUCCAAAACCCUAUUACUCCUAACUCAAUGCUUCAUCUUCCAGUUGGAUCAGUGUUCAGAGAUGUCAGGUAAUAAUGCCAAGCAAUUUCUCUCUGAAGCAAAUUAUUGAUCCUGCUGCUUUUUAUUUUUGAGCCAUGCCUGUCAUAUGUGACAAUUUGGGUUUUUUAAUGGGUUUUUGUAUUGUUAACUGUGUAUGUGGAACAUCAGUGGUAUUUGAUGCAACGUCACACACUCUUCUAUUUGACACAUCUGUUAUUUUUGUCAUUCUAUGUGCCAGGGGAUCUGGGAUCUUGGUCUGUUAAAUUUGGGGAUGAUAGAUCUGCAUGUGAUAUACCUCACAAAACUACUAGUUAAUAAAACAGUAAAGCUAAUGUUGCAGGCAGUGAGUUGCCUCCCCUGCUAUGUAGUGGCUGCACAAGUAGACUUAGGACCCAAUGACUGACAUUUGCUGUGGUAGCUGUCAUCACGAUCUGUAGUUGCUGCUUUCACGGGUGAACCAUUUCCAAAGGGAAUGAGUAGCUAUGUUGCCUGUCAUGGCACAGUUGGCAAACACACCAUGUUUCUCUGCCUUUUGUUUAUUUGGAACACCGGAGCAUUCCUCCACUGGGAACGCAGCAGCAGCAAAGCUCCUGUUGACCUGAGUUUUAGGCUGCUCUGCGUGUUCAAGCUGCUUUUUUGCUUUUGAUAUGUUCAGCUGGGUAAAAGCAUAGGGUUGUGGUGUUUUCCUGUGAUCUCGUCUUCUAGGAUGCUCAGCAGAACACUAAUAGUAGCAAAAAUUAAGGCAACUGGAUGCAUUGGAGUUUAGAAGAUGUUGAGACAUCACUCUGAAAAGGCAAUGAGAAAUCAUGUGCUCUAUUUUUAGACAAAUAUUGUUUUGUAAAUAGAAUAUUUGUAUACUUAGAAGUAGGUAGAAAUAUAGUAAAAGAAUUUGAAAUACAUAGGAAAAACUGAACACUGAAAGAAUGAGAUUGCUAACAAGGCUUCCUGUACCAUGAAUCUAUCAAGAGCUUCCCAUGUAAAUAGCAUCUUUUGUUCUGCCAGAGUUUUAUGAAGAAUUCAGUGCAAAUGGCAUUAAUGUUUUUAACACUAAGAAAAGUCCUUACUUCUUACACACAAAUGUCCUUACACUGUUAAGUACUGAGGUGUUGUGUGUUGCAGAGGAAGCUGACUUGCAGUCCCCAAAGCGGUAUUUUCAGAGCCGUGUACUUCAGCACACGCCUCCCGAGGUGCAGCUUUGUCUGGAGGAAGCAGCUGCUGCUGCACUCCUCCCAGCAUCCUACAUGUACAUGAAGUUUCUGCUGCGGCACGUUCAGCCCUGUGUGGCUGAUGCUCAGAGGUGCUGUCGGUGUUUCACAAAAUUUGUUGUAGACUUUUGCCUUUCCCUUAGCAAGCUUGGAAACACAUUCCCAGACCCCAAAUGGAUUCAGGAAUGUCGGAGUGCUUAAAAACUAUUUUCCUCAUGCUUAAGCCUGUCUAAAUUUUUAAAAUAUCUCUCUAUAAGCUGGCAAACUGUUUCUUCCAUAAAAAUUUUCUUUCCUCUCCUCCUCUAUUUAUAUAACUCUGGAUUUCCCCCAGUGUUUCUAAGAUAGCCAGUGUUUGUUUCCUUUUUGCCUGUUGUGCAAACAAAUGUCAGAUGAUAUUGGCAGGGGUUUUUCUAGCUUUACAAGUUGUCCUAGGGUGCACGACAAUAAUUUUUCCCCAUAAAACUGUCUGUUAAUUCUUUCUGCUUUUACCACAAAAAAAAAAAGUCUCCACAGAACUUUUUUAUUUCAGAGGGCCGGGACUCAGCAUCCCAUUGCAGGUGAGUUGCCCUAGGGGCAGGGUGCUGCCUGAGAGGAUGGGGAGAGUUCCACCUCCAGUCCCACCUUCUCCUUGUUGCCAGUGCUACCCAGCUAACUGGUGCAACAGGGCAUACAGCAUCCUUAUUUUUUAAUGGGAUACCCAGCAGAAUCUCUAGGUAGGUUUCUGGUUAGUUCCAAACGUGCACUUUGACUGCUGUCACAUGAAAGCAAGCUCCAGUGCAAGCAUACACACUGCCUCCAUGAGAAGUUUCAAUACCUUUGCAACUCAUUUGGUCUCAUGUUGCAUAAAAAUGUAGAAGGUAAAACUUACCUUCCUGAAAUGUCCUCGUUGGCAUUAUUUGGGUUGAAAAAAACCUGAAAAACAAAUAGCUCAAGCAGGGCAAAGUAAAAUAAAAACUGGCAAGGCCUCACUCUUUAUAGUAGUAAUACAAUAAAAAAAGAACCCUUGAAAUCACUUUGUCAGUGUUUCCCUAAUGGGUUUGGGAAAUCGAUUCGUGUUUGAAAUCCUACUCAAAGGUAACAGCAAUUUGAACUUUUGUCAUUUUGUGGCUCACAAAACAGUGGAGCUGGUGCAGUUAUACAGUACACCUGAAAAAACCCCCACCAUUGUACUAUAAUGCUGUAACUUUUAAAAUAUAUACUGUGAACAAGUUCAAUGUUUUUUUAGCUCUUUUUAUACCAUAUUUUUUACAGCAUAAAUAAUUUGUUUAGAGAUGUUUUUGUGUUCUGUUUUUACAAAGAUUUUAAUGGACUUUUGUUUGAAUACUAGUGAAAAUAUUGUUUGCCAACUUGAAGAAGGCAUCUAUAGAAAUUAAGAGAAUAAAUCAGUAAAUCAAGCAGGCAGCGUAGUCUUCCUAACACUAAAUCUAAUCAGUCAUUUAACAUAUUUCUGUUGUUGAACAAUAUUGAAGUUUUCCAGCUUUCAAAUCUACUAUUGAGAAACAAAUAUUUCUUUCACAAAUUAAUCAAAAUCUUUACAAGGCACUUUAAUGAGUAGUAGCAUAUGAAGUAAAAUACCACUUCAACGAAGUGUAUCAACGUGAAAGUUUAUUAGCUAAGCAGUUAAAUAAAUACAUGCUUGAAAAAGGAAGCAUGGGAUUGCGUUGGGGAAAUAAUAUUCCAGUGUGGCAGAUAUCAUUUAAGACUAGUCUAACACUAGGAUACCAACUUUGCGUAUGUUUUAAACCUAGUUUGCUUGGCUGUUGUAACUCCUGUUGUAUUGCUUGGGUGUCUAAAAAUAUGCAUGUAUUUAACAAUUUUGCCAUACUAUUGCCAUGAAAUUUAAUAAAUAUAUUUUCUUACACUCUUA